GUCACGCCGGCCCCACGUGCGCCGUUGCCGUUCAACAUGCACGGCGGCCUGGAUGUUGCCACCUCGCCACAAUGAACGUGACGGGUUGCCAGGGCGCGGCUGGUUUCCGGAACAACUUGUCACUCAACAAGGACACCCACGUCAGCCAGCGCGGACCUCAUCGUGCCGGGCGUCUUCAGAUCCACGCUAAAUGUCCAUCAGUCCAGGUCCACCGUUCGCGGAACUUUCUGUGUGUUGCCUGGAUGAUGAGCGCACGCAUGACACUCCGAGCGCUUAUGCUCUUUCCGUUUCCCUCUUUCUUUCCGUCUUUCACCACCACCUUCGUCACUCGUUUUGCGCCGUGCUGCCCUCCGCCAGGAGUGGGACUGGUCGUCGCCCUUCCGCUCGUUAACUGGCCGUGCAUGCGCCCCUAAGUCCCGAGGAAGGCAUCCAUCCCCACUCCCCCUGAAUAGGAUAGACUUGCUUCUCUAUCUCCUUCGCGGUAUCUGGUAGCCCAUGCGCUCUGUUCUUGCCCGCAGACGAGUGUUUGGUAGACACUCUGCUGGCGCUUAUGGCUUGCCGAACGCACGGAGUCCAAUACCCGCAAACGUCCACAACGCGCACCAUGCGCGCGACGCUGGCCUCGGCCUGCGAUCCCGCGACGUGCCCGCGGGCGCAGCCAGUCCUUGUAACGCAGACUGCCACACCGGAGUAACAACCACAGCCGCAUCUGCCACAGAUACCGCACCCGCAGCAGGUACCCAGACUACGGCGCAGACGCAGUCUGUUAUCUUCACCUACGCGCCAGCGGGAGGCGGACAGGGCUCCUUCACCCGUGCUUCUGAUUCUAGCACGUCCACCGAAGCUACAGAGUACACUUCUGAGAGUGCGGGAGUGGACUCUGGGACCUACUUCACUACCUCAGCUGCUACAGAUGAAAUUGUGUACACCGACGUCGAGGCGUCCACCACGUUCUCCGUCGCCCCAACCUCAUUCCCCACGGCCGAUUCCGACCCUGAACCUACCACUCGGUCAACGAAGUCAUCGUCCGGUCAGAGCGAGAGAACCGCCUACACCCUAAGCAGCUCUCACACUUCCACCGCCCUUUCCCUCUCCGAACCUUCCUCUCUCACCUCUUCCUCCGCCGCUGCCGCCCAAACAUCCUCCGCUGCCACCUCUCAGCCCACCACCUCCAACACCGCCGCUCUCGCCGGCGGCAUCAUUGGCGGUCUCGUCGGCCUCGGCCUCCUGAUCCUCCUCGUCAUGUUCAUCAAGCGGCGUCAGCAACGGCCCCGCUCCCUCGAAAUCGGGAAACUCGCACCCUCUCAGGCGUUCAUGCGCGAAAACAGUGAUGCGCGGAGUCGGUAUGUCGCGAACGGGGCGAGCUUUGCGCGGAUCGACUCGCGGGAUGAGCAGGGCGAUGGCACGGUGCGCGCGCCGACGCCUGCGUGGAUGCAUCCGAGGGCGAAGACGCCGGAGUCGACGAAGACAUUCCUGAAUCUUGAUUAA